AUGGGUCUUUGGGUCAUGUUGAGAACCAGUUGCCUCCUCAUCACCCUACUUCUUUCUUUCUUUCUUUCUUUCUUUCUUUCUUUCUUUCUUUCUUUCUUUCUUUCUUUCUUUCUCUCUCUCUCUCUCUCUCUCUCUCUCCCUCUCUCCCUUUCCUUCCUUCCUUCCUUCUUCCUUCCUUCUCUCUCUCCUCUCUCUCUCUCUCUCUCUCUCUCUCUCUCUCUCUCUCCCUUCCUUCCUUCCUUCCUUCUUCCUUCCUUCUCUUUCUCUCCUCUCUCUCUCUCUCUUCCUUCCUUCUUUCUUUCCCUUCCUUCCUUCCUUCCUUCCUUCCUUCCUUCCUUCCUUCUCUCUCUCUCUUCCCCUCUCUCUCCCCCUCUUCUUUCUAGCUUCACUCUUACCUUGGCUUGGUCUCUGUCUUCUUUUGCUCUCCAGCUCCCUUUGCUUUGCCAUCUCCAUGCAUCUCAUGCACUCACCAUCCCUUUGCGUGUUUCAUACCUGCUCUCCAUUUCCUUUCUUUACUCUCAUGCUUUCUGA